GGCCUGCGCUGCGCCACUCCAAACCCAACAAAACCCCGCGAGAUCUGCGCAGCAAUGGCGACGCCGCGGCACCUCCUCCUCCUCGCCCUCGCCGCCGCGGCCCUCGCGGCCGCGGCCGCGGCCGCCGAGGAGGGUCCCCGCGGGCGCCGCCUGCUGGUCCUCCUGGACGACCUGGCUGUGCGGUCCUCGCACUCGGCCUUCUUCGGCUCGCUCCAGGCGCGCGGCUUCGAUCUUGACUUCCGCCUCGCCGACGACCCCAAGCUCUCGCUCCACCGCUACGGGCAGUACCUCUACGACGGCCUCGUGCUCUUCGCCCCCUCCACCCCGCGUUUUGGGGGAUCAGUGGACCAGAAUGCGGUUCUCGAGUUUAUCGACGCUGGGCAUGAUAUGAUCCUGGCGGCAGAUUCAUCUGCCUCUGAUCUUAUCCGCGGCAUUGCGACGGAGUGUGGGGUUGAUUUUGAUGAGGAUCCAGAGGCAAUGGUUAUUGACCACAUCAAUUAUGCUGUCACGGAUGUUGAUGGUGAUCACACCUUGAUUGCCGGUGAUGAUCUCAUCCAGUCGGAUGUGAUACUUGGGUCCAAAAAGAUUGAGGCUCCUGUAUUGUUCCGAGGAAUUGGACAUACAGCUAAUCCAUCAAACAGCUUGGUUCUGAAAGUCCUAUCUGCCUCUCCAUCAGCAUAUUCAGCAAACCCAAAGACUAAGUUGGCAUCUCCUCCAUCUCUCACUGGGUCAGCUAUAUCACUGGUUUCUGUUAUGCAGGCAAGAAAUAAUGCUCGGGUGCUGGUAUCCGGAUCACUUGAUCUGUUUAGCAACCGGUUCCUAAAGUCUGGUGUUCAAAAGGCUGGAAGCAAGAAGAGGCAUGAGAGAGCUGGAAAUGAGCAAUUUGUGACAGAGACAAGCAAAUGGGUUUUCCAUGAGAGGGGCCAUCUCAAGGCAGUUAAUGUCAAGCAUCACAAGGUUGGGGAGACAAAUGAGCCUGGCAUGUACCGCAUUAAUGAUGACCUGGAAUACUUGGUUGAGAUCUAUGAAUGGUCUGGAACGAGCUGGAAGCCAUAUGUUGCUGAUGAUGUUCAACUUCAGUUUUUCAUGAUGAGUCCUUAUGUUUUGAAAACUAUGUCGACUGACAAGAAGGGUCUAUAUUCAACGUCCUUCAAAGUUCCUGAUGUUUAUGGAGUUUUCCAGUUCAAAGUUGAGUACCAAAGGCUGGGAUAUACUGGUCUGUCUUUUACAAAGCAGAUCCCAGUACGCCCUUACAGGCACAAUGAGUAUGAGAGAUUCAUAACAUCAGCAUACCCAUACUACACUGCCUCAUUUUCAACCAUGGGAGCUUUCUUCAUAUUCUCGUUUGUGUACCUGUACCACAAAUAGAGUACCCACCGGAUGCCAACGUGACCUUGAUCCGUGGUGCCAAUCAGGUCCAAAAAGCCAAGUGUUACCCGGUGCAAUUUUUAUGGAACCAUAUUUUUGUAGUGCCAACUUAGAUAACAUUUGACGACCGUGGUGGCGCUCAUGAAAAUCUUGUUCGAGCUAGGAUGUUCGCCGUUCCCCUCUUUUCCUUUGACUGUUUCUGAUCAGCACCAGUGAAAACUUUUACAGCCUAUAUAGAAUUGAAAUGAUGACAGAUGUAGCGAGUCUGAAAGUACUCCA